GCUUUUUAUCACUGCGGGGGCGAUCAUCAUGGUGCUGGACUUGAGCGGGUAGUAGCGGCCCCUCCAGGUCUUCCAGAAGAUUCCUUGUUUCCUCUGGUGCCUCUGUUUUGGCGGCGGGCUCUGGAAGUAUCGGCCGUUGAGAUUGGACUGACCGCAGUUGCUGAACCACCAGCCACCUACGGGACAACAAGAAAGAAAACAUCAAGAGGGACUCAACAGGGAUGUCAACCUUCACCCCAACAGCACACCUUUAUGCAUAGUGGGGUCUGGAUCCCUUGUGCGUGAAGGACUGAGGAGACAAGGAUGUGAACGAGAGAGCAGAUGUUGCAAGAAGAGCGCGAGGCGGCCAACGUCCUCUAGUAACCUCCGAGGUGUGUGACAGGGAGAAGUACCUUUUAGAGUGUCUGCUGCUGGCUGUGUGCGUCACCUUGCUGCUGUGUGCCAAGCGCUGCAUCUCCGUCACUCCUCCUGCAGGACCAGUUGCCCACGGCAACCAGCUACACCUACUGUUGUCCUGACAGGCUCUUCACUUCCUGUCAUGACUCCGCCCUCAAGAGGAGCGCCUCCUAUCCACUCAUCGACUCCACACAGUCCGACACCACCGAAGAGGAGGCGGCGUAAGAUGAAAUCCAUUGAGGAAGUGGAGACUCUGACUUCCUGUCUGGCUGCUCCUCCCCCGUGCUACGGAGCUGCUUUAUGUAACGGUGUGCCCGCCACCACCGUGACCAAGAGACCGUCCUCCAGAGACUGUCCGUCCGAAGCCAGCUCGAGGACGUCGUCCCAUUCAGACGAUCCGUCCUUCUGUGGAAUCACCACAGCUUGUUCCCGCAUCUGCCACAGGCUGAACCCGCUCAAGACCCGGGCAGAGAGACGGGCGUUAAGACGCAGGUGUCCCAAACCCACCUGCGCGGUAGUGGACUUCCUUCAGGCCCCGCGCGGGAACAAGACCAAAACCUUCUCCAUCUCGGCCACGCAGGACAUGAUGAACAGGAGGAAGUCAGAACCCUGUCCUGGGACCUUUGGCCUGAAUAUUCCCCGCUCAGGACCCGUCUGACAUGAAGAGUCUGCAGGUACUAGUCUUCUCUCUAAAAGUCUGACAUGAAGAGUGUCCAUGGUCUGUAGAUACUAGUCUUCUCUCUAAAAG